AGGGAAUAAAGAUGCAGGACCCCCUCAAUGGCGGCGUCCAGUGAAACGGACGGGUAAUACAGCGGCUCAGUGUCCGAUGAAUUAGCAGUGUCUGAUCAUGAGGGUGGUCUUUAUUGUGCUGGUCUUGCUGAGGUUCCAGCAUGUGCACUCAACAUCUAAAGGAGUCAUCGCCAGUCUUCAGGCCAAAUGGGACAUGACCCCUCUUCUGCUUGAAACAAGCGAGUUCAUCCGAGAGGAUGGUGACGAGAAGUUCUGGCAGUUUGUUGAUACUGUGAAGGAGUUAACGGUUUACAAAAAUGGAGAGUCUGUCCGGUCAUAUUAUAACCUGAUCAUCAAGAAAGCUGGACAAUUUUUGACGGAUCUUCAGGUCAACCUGCUGAAGCUGUCUCUGUCUCUCAGGACUUACUCACCAGCUGUACAUGCUUUCCAACAAAUCGCAAGUGAUGAACCUCCUCCCGAUGGAUGCUCUGCUUUCAUAGUUGUCCAUGGUCAAAAAGCCUGUAGCACCAAGGAAAUGAAGAAGCUCUUGAAGACAGCAGCAAACCGACCAAGAACUUACCUAUACAAGUCUGACCACCAAUACCCAGGACUCAAUGAGACAGACCUGCCUGUAGCUGUUCUUUAUGCUGAAAUUGGCACCAAGGAGUUCAACACUUUCCAUAAGGUUCUGUCAGAGCGGGCACAGGAGGGCAAACUCAUCUAUGUGCUACGACACUUUGUGUCUGAGCCGAAAAAUGAAAGGAUGCUGUUGUCUGGAUAUGGCGUUGAACUGGCAAUUAAAAACACAGAGUACAAAGCCGUUGAUGACACACAGGUUAAAGAAUCCAAAUCAGUCACCACAGAUGAGGAUGAAAAUGAUGAAGUCCAGGGAUUUCUGUUUGGGAAAUUGAAAAAGUCUCACCCAGAGCUUCAGGAAGAACUUGGAGAGCUGAGGAAGCAUCUAUUGGAGAGCACCAAUGACAUGACUCCACUCAAAGUGUGGGAGCUCCAAGACCUCAGUUUCCAGGCAGCUUCUCGGAUCAUGACUGUGCCAAAGUUUGAUUCUCUCAAAUUAAUGCAAGACCUCAGCCAAAAUUUCCCCAGCAGAGCAAGAUCACUGACAAGAGUGGCUGUAAACCAGAACAUGAAAAAGGAAAUAGAAGAUAACCAAAAGAGGCUGAGUGAGUCGAUGGGGAUCCAACCUGGAGAUGCCAGUCUUUUUAUAAAUGGAAUACAUGUUGAUCUGGACGUUCAUAACCCAUUCAGCAUCCUGGACAUUCUCAGAGGUGAGGCUAAGAUUCUUGAAGGUCUUCAUAACCUUGGCAUCAGAGGAAGCAGCAUUAGUAAGUUCCUGCAUUUACCAACAUCAACCACUGUAGAAGACAGCUACGCUCUGGACAUCCGCCACUCAUCCAUUAUGUGGGUUAAUGAUAUUGAGAAGGACUCCAUGUAUCGACACUGGCCCUCAAGUCUACAGGAGCUCCUCAGAGCAACAUUUCCUGGUGUUAUUCGACAAAUCCGCCGUAAUUUCUUUAACCUGGUUCUGUUACUUGACCCAACACAAGAAGAGAGCAUUGAGCUGGUCAAAUUAGCAGAACUCUUUUACAAACAUAACAUUCCCCUCAGGAUUGGGUUUCUACUGGUUGUCAGUUUAGAUGAUAAAGUGGAUGGAUAUUUGGAUGCAGGUGUUGCUCUCUUUAGGCUGUUAAACUACAUCUCAGAGGAGUAUGACGAAGCACAGGCUUUCACGUCCAUGGUGUCAAUAUAUAACAGGGUGGAGGUUGGAGAGACUCUUUCUGUGGAUACAAUAACUGCAUAUCUGAAAAAGAAAUUUCCAAAAGCAAACGCUGCCAGAAUUAUUGGAGUGGACUCAAGCUAUGAUGACAACAGAAAGGCUGGAGGAGUGUUUUACAGGAAGAGUGGAUUAGGAGCCCUACCAGUGUGUUUGUUCAAUGGUGUUCCACUCAGUAGUGAGGAGAUGGACCCCGAGGAGCUCGAGACUGUUCUGCUGCAGAAGAUCAUGGAAACUACCAACUUCUUCCAGAGAUCUGUCUUUAUGGGUCAAAUCACUGAGAGUGGUGAUGUGGUGGACUUCCUGAUGGAGCAGGCCAAUGUAGUUCCCCGUAUCAACCCAUUGAUUCUUAGCUCUGAGAGACGAUAUCUGGAUUUCACUUCCUCACCAGUUGCAGACGACUGGGAUGACACAACUAUGUUCGCAUACUUGGACUCUAGAGACAAAACGGCAGUUGUUUCUAAGAGAAUGAAGUAUUUAACCAGAGAUGAGGAGGAGAUGUUGUACGGAGUGACUAUGUGGAUUGUAGCAGAUAUUGAACAGCCCUCUGGGAGGAAAUUGCUCUGGAAUGCCUUGAAACAUAUGAAAUCCAGCAGCUCCAACUGUCGUGUUGGGGUGAUCAAUAACCCCAUUGGAAAGCCCACAGAGGACAACAGCGGUCUGUACCGAGCCCUCUGGGCUUCUCUCCUCACCCAAAGCAACAAGAACACGCUCGACUUCACCCUAAAACUCCUCAAAGAAGAAAAUGUUGAGGUCUUCAAACAAGGCACCAAGAUUAAGCACUUACUUAAUCAGGGUAUGGACCAUGAUGCGUUUGAGAAGAUGUUCAACACAAUGGAGGUGGACUUCCUGCACAGCCAGCAGAAGUACUGUAAGGAAGUUCUGAAGCUGAAAGCUGGACAAGGAGCUGUGGUCAGCAACGGCAGGAUCCUGGGCCUAUUGGAUGAAGAAGACUUCAGUUUGGAAGAUUUUCAUCUGAUAGAGAAGAUCACACUGCGAAGUUCAGCAGAAAAGAUUAAAUCCAAGAUCAAGCAGAUGAACUUGAAUGCCCAGAAGGCCAGUGAUCUAAUCAUGAAAGUAGAUGCUCUUCUCACUGCAUCACCUAAAGGAGAGUCCAGAAAAGACGUCAAAUUUCUGAAGGACAAACACAGCGUUCUUCAACUGGCACAGCGUGAAGAUGAGGUGUUCUAUGACGUGGUUGCCAUUGUGGAUCCUCUCACCAGGGAUGCACAGAAGCUGGCUCCUUUAUUAUCUGUGCUUGGUCAAGUGGUCAAUAUGAAAGUGCAGGUGUUCAUGAACUGUCGAGCCAAGCUGUCUGAGAUGCCCCUGAAGAGCUUUUAUCAAUAUGUUUUGGAGCCAGAUGUUUCCUUCUUUGGUAACAACUCCAUUUCCCCCGGCCCUAUGGCUCGAUUUACGGAAAUCCCAGAAUCCCCUCUGCUUACUCUUAAUAUGAUCACCCCCGAGAGCUGGAUGGUAGAGGCGGUCAGGAGCCCAUAUGAUCUAGACAACAUCCACUUACAGGAGGUCAGCGGUGUAGUGAAUGCUGAGUAUGAGCUUGAGUAUCUACUGUUGGAGGGCCACUGUUUUGACCUGUCCACAGGUCAGCCUCCCCGAGGACUUCAGUUUACACUGGGCAUGAGACAGAAACCUCUCAUGCAUGACACCAUCGUCAUGGCCAACCUGGGCUAUUUCCAGUUGAAGGCCAACCCCGGCGCAUGGAUCCUGAGGCUGCGCGAGGGCCGCUCAGAGGACAUCUAUCAAAUACAGGCGCACGAUGGAACGGACUCUCCUGCCGAUGCUGGUGAUGUCAUUGUGGUGCUCAACAGCUUCCACAGCAAGAUCAUAAAAGUUAGAGUCCAGAAAAAGGCUGACAAACUCAAUGAGGAUCUUUUAAGUGAAGAAACCGAAUCAAAAGGCAUUUGGGACUCAAUAACCAGUGUGUGGAGUUCUUUGGAGAAAAGCUUUGCUGGUGGACCAAGUGUGGAUGAUGGCGAUAAGAAGAAAGACGUUCUCAACAUUUUCUCAGUGGCCUCUGGACAUUUGUAUGAGCGCUUCCUGAGAAUAAUGAUGCUGUCUGUCAUUCAACACACAUCAACCCCUGUUAAGUUCUGGUUCCUCAAAAACUACCUUUCCCCCUCAUUUAAGGACACAAUCUCACACAUGGCGAAAGCAUAUGGUUUCCAGUAUGAGCUGGUCCAGUAUAAGUGGCCACGCUGGCUUCACCAGCAGACAGAAAAGCAGCGAAUUAUCUGGGGUUAUAAGAUCCUCUUCCUGGAUGUGCUUUUUCCCCUGGCCGUGGACAAGAUCAUCUUUGUUGAUGCUGAUCAGAUUGUCAGGGCAGAUUUGAAGGAGCUGAGAGAUCUGGAUCUAGAGGGCGCCCCGUACGGCUACACGCCAUUCUGCGACAGCCGGAAAGAAAUGGAAGGCUACCGUUUUUGGAAGACUGGCUACUGGGCCUCCCAUCUUGGACACCGGAGAUACCAUAUCAGUGCAUUAUAUGUGGUGGACUUGAAGAAAUUCAGAAAGAUUGCAGCUGGAGACCGGCUCAGAGGGCAGUACCAAGCCUUGAGCCAAGAUCCCAACAGCCUGUCCAACCUGGACCAGGACCUUCCCAACAACAUGAUCCAUCAAGUAGCCAUCAAAUCCUUACCUCAGGAGUGGAUGUGGUGCGAGACCUGGUGUGAUGACAAUUCCAAAGCUACAGCCAAGACCAUAGAUCUGUGCAAUAACCCAAAGACCAAAGAGCCCAAGCUGAGUGCAGCCGUGAGGAUUGUUCCAGAAUGGACUGAGUAUGACAAUGAGAUAAAGCAGUUUCUGAAACAGGUGAAGGACCAGGAGAAAAUUACCCAGGGUAGACCAUCAUCACAGCACACAGGCACUCGACGUGAUGAACUUUAGUAUUCGAUGGUUGCACCUAAACUUCCUGUGAAUCUUGAACUCUACCAUACAGAGAUAUUUACCAUAACAGGAACACUGAGGAAAUAUAAUAAUGGACUUAAGCAUUUUUUUAAUUUAUAUAAUUUUUUUGAAUUCUUUCUGACUUCAUUCAAACUGUAUACAUGACAUACUGUUUUAUAAAUUGUUGACAAAAAGUAGUAAAUAAAUUGCAGUGUUAUCUGAUAUGUUUGGCCAGUCUACGAACUUAAAAUGGCACUGGUGUAUAUCUGUAAUAUUUUUAGGAGGAAAAACAUGCCAACUUUGAAUACUCCAGAGAAGACUGUAAAUGCCUUUUUUUGUUAAAAAAAAAAAAAAAAAAAAAAACAAUUCUGUAAAUAUUC